UGACAUAACGAAAAGUGAGGUAAAUGCUAAACUGCUUCGAAACUCACGUAGGCUUUUAACAAAUUACAAAUUAUUUAACUAUCACAUAACUAAAGUAAUAAAACACUCCUAAAAUGUCAGUUAUUGAAAUAAAAAGCGAAGAAGAAUACACCAAACACAUAAACUCGGACAAGACGAGCGUAGUUCUUUUCUCAGCACCUUGGGCAGAACAAUGUAAGCAAGUGCAAGAUGCCCUCGUUGAAAUUUCUAAGCUGGGCUACACAAAUUUGCAAUUUUCCACCUUGGCCGCGGAAACUUUUCCCGAAAUAUCAAUGAAGCAUCAGAUUGAAGCUGUUCCAACUGUAAUAUUCUUUACAAAGGGUCAAGCAGUAAAUAGAGUGGAUGGUGUAAAUAUUGCAUCAAUCAAUCAAAUAUGUAAAGAUCUAGGAUCCAAAUCUGGUGCUGGGAGUGGUGCUUCCCUGGAGGAUAGACUGAAGGCAUUAAUCAAUAAAUCGGACGUGAUGAUAUUUAUGAAAGGAUGUCGUGACGCUCCGAAGUGUGGUUUCUCGAAGCAGCUCAUAGCUAUUGUAAAUGAAAUUGGCAUCCAGUACAGUACGUUUGAUAUAUUAACGGACGAAGAAGUUAGACAAGGCCUGAAAACCUAUUCCGAUUGGCCUACGUACCCACAAGUCUAUGUGAAAGGAGAGCUCAUAGGUGGAUUGGAUAUUAUAAAAGAACUUCUGGCAUCUGGAGAACUUGAAACCACACUGAAAGGAGCUUAGAUCGCAAAAUAUUUUGUUUUUUAUUUUUUAAAUAAAUCUAUCCCAGCCUAUAAGUGAAAAUAAAACUACACUUUUGAACAAAAACAGAA